GGACGCGCAAGAGCCGCCUCCUGACGUCUGGAAACCUGCUGUGCAAGUCAGCGCAGGCGGCGGCGCUGCGCCUUCCCUCCCUCGGCAGCCAGAGCAAGAAGGAGUCUCCUGGCGAGGAGAGAAAGAGACGGAGGAGGGGAUGUGCCGUGGCAUAGCAGAGCCUAGCCGGGGAGGCUAGGAACAGACGCCGCCUCUGCGCCGCCCUGGGGCUUGGAUCGGGCGCCGGCACCUGGCGCACCAGCGCGCUGGAGGGCGAGAAGCAGGAGCCGGAGCCGCCGCUGCGGGCAGGGAUGGUGAAAAGCUGAAGGGCCAAACACCAAAAUGAGUGUGACGUCAUGGUUCCUGGUGAGCAGCACGGGCAUUCGCCACCGGCUCCCUCGGGAGAUGAUAUUUGUCGGCAGAGAAGAUUGUGAGCUGAUGCUGCAGUCUCGCAGUGUGGAUAAGCAGCAUGCUGUCAUCAACUAUGACAAGGAGAAGGAUGAGCACUUGGUGAAGGAUCUGGGAAGCUUGAAUGGGACUUUUGUGAACGAUGUUCGGAUUCCCGACCAGAAAUACAUCACGCUGAAACUGAACGAUGUGAUCCGCUUUGGCUAUGAUCCCAACAUGUAUGUGUUGGAGCACAUACAGCACCAAGUCCCAGAAGAAGCACUUAAGCAUGAGAAAUACACCAGCCAACUCCAGAUGAGCUUUAAAGGCACAUCAAUGAAAAGGGUGGAGCAGCAAAUGGAUCACAGUGGAGAUACUGAAUCGCCCCAAGCCAAGCUGGAGAAAGGCGAGAAGAAAGCAGUUACAGAGACAACUACGACUUACCGUACACCCCUUUACGGUCAGCCAUCAUGGUGGGGAGAAGAUGACGCAAAUAAUAAAUUGGAGGCAACGGAUGAUAGGAGGCAAGAAGAACAUUAUUCAGAAAGAGCAAAAGAAAUAGCUCAGCACGAAGAAGAAAUCAAUGGUAAUAUAAGUGGUUACAGAGAUUCUCAGGGAGAGUCUGUCUACGCAUUCCGGAGGGAGCCUAGUUACUUCGAAAUCCCCACGAAAGAAUUCCAGCAGCCAGUGAAAUCUCCAGAGGCCCAAGUCCACGAGAUUCCCACCAAAGACAUUGACCCAGCAGUGCCCCCUGUCGUGCAGAGUCAUGCCUCUUUCACCAUUGAGUUUGAUGAUUGCACUCCGGGUAAAAUAAAGAUCAAAGAUCACGUCACCAAAUUCUCACUCCGGCAGAGGAGGAACCUCAGUAAGGACGCAGGACACGUGGAAAUGAUCUCGGCAGAGAACAAAGUGGCCGACUGGCUGGUGCAGAACGACCCGAGUCUCAUAAGGAGGCAGUCCCCAGGGGAUGAUGUGUACAGCACCAAAAGUGAUCUCCCGGUUCACGUGAGGACUCUGAAAGGCAACAGACAUGAAGACGGAACACAGAGUGACUCGGAAGAUCCAGUAGCACCCACAGCGGAGAAGGAGACUCCUGGGAGUGACCAUGCGGCUGAGCAAGCCAAGCUCCACCGCCAAAUCCGGCGUGACCCCCAGGAAUUGCUCCACAACCAGCAAGCCUUCGUCAUAGAGUUCUUUGAUGAUGACACCCCUCGGAAAAAGAGGUCGCAGUCCUUCACGCACAGUGGCCACUCCUCCCUGAACGAUGUGGAUCCUGCCCUGAAAACCAAGGCUGAGAAACGCAAAAUUACCGUGCCUGCCGAGAAACCCGGGAGCUCUGCUCCUCCGCCACAUCUGGCUGCAGCCGGAACCAAAGGGCCAAGUAACGCUUUCACCACCCCGAGAGCUGGCUCCUUUAAGAGGGAGAAGACGGAGGAGCGGAUCAGCUCUUCCGCAUCUUCCACCUCCAGGGCGUCUGUUAAAAGUCACGGCAGCGUUGGGCGGAAGUCUAAAAUCUCUCAGGAUUUUGCUGCUGAGUUCUUAAGGGAGAGUUCUCAAGCUGCGAAAGCCAGCACCGAGAAGCCACCUCCCGUGCCAGCAGCGCUCGCCCCACGGAUGGUGGUAGUACCACCGUCCGCACCUGAAGCCCCCCCUGUGCCAGCUGUCAACCCUAAGUUGGUCAAAGCAAGGAACCACGAGGAAGAGGACAGCUUGAGUGAAACCGGCACAUACACCAUUGAGACAGAGUCGCAAGAUAAAGAAGUAGAAGAAGCGCGGAAGAUGAUAGAUCAGGUUUUUGGUGUUUUGGAGUCUCCGGAAUUUUCCAGAAUUUCUUCAGCCUUCCGGCCUAUUAUAAAAGGGGAAAAAGAAGAACUGGGUCCGCACCAUUUGAUUGGUGAAAAUGGCUCAAGCCCAAAGGUGACUAUGAUGCAGGUCAUCGCUUCCAAGGUGGCAAGUGGACACCAUGCAGAGAUGCAGUUACCACCACCAUCUCAAGGUGGCCAAAAAUGGGUGUCGAGAUGGGCAAGCCUGGCAGAUAGUUACACAGACACAGGAUCUGCUCUUGGACUUGGGGAUGCCCACCAGCAGGGAACCUUCUCUCAGGCGGGCAUGGAAAAGGACUCCAGUCCUAAAAUGGGAGAACCCGACACGUCUGUGUCUUCACGGAUGAGACGUCUUCUCCCACAGCUCCCUCCGGGGGACAAACCAGAAAGUCCAACACCAACCAUUUUAAUUUGCCAAGAGACUUUUCCUGAUGUUUCCCAAAUGAAUGCUAUUAACGACCAUGGGGCAGAAAUAUAUGUGGAUCCUGCCAGCCGGCUGUUCAUUCAGGAAGACUUGGAUCCUGAUAGCCUUAGUGAUGCCAGCAAAUCCGAUGAUGGCUUUGGCUUAGAAAAAGGCAGGAGAUGCCAAGACCACACCAAAGUAUCUGUGCAGGCACAGGCGAGGGCUGAAAACGCAAAGUCCGAAAGCCACCAACGUGCUGUGCCAAGGCUUUCGAGUCUGAGAGCUUCAAGUGAUCCUCUGUCGACAUCUUUCUAUAUUGGUGACGAGGAAGAGGAAGUAGGGUUUCCUUCGAAACUUUCUUCAAGCACUUCUCAUGCUCAGGUGGGCAAAGACGAAGCUUCUUUCAGGUCUGGAAAGCCAGCUGUCAAAGGUGUUAGCAAUACCUACAUUAGCUCAAAUGGGAAAAUGGUCAUCUCCCUGCACCCCGGGCUCCCUCUUCCUGAGCAAGAAGUUGUAGCCACAAAAGAAAUUUCAUCUUUUGUUCGGCAGGAAAGUUUUACCAAAGAGAAAUCAAGCAGCACCGUCCCCCAAAACAGGCUUCCACAUAUCUCAAGUCACCCUCUGCUUAAAGAUCUCGAUGUUGCUCGAGCAAAUCGCAUGGACUAUAAUCCAGAUACCCACCUUCUCCUUAAAGACACUGAAACUGCUCUGGCAGCCCUGGAAGCCAAACUUCUCUGCCAAACCCACCAACUUGAUGUUCCAGAAAAUACCCCGGGGCAGUUGGAAGAUUCCUUAUCGGGGGAUUCAGAUGUGGACACAGCAAGCACUGUCAGCUUGGUGAGUGGCAAAAAUCUCCCAAGCCAACCGCCGAAACGUAAAGCUGUGGCGACUUUGCAAAAAGAGAAGUCCUCUUCCACAUCAUCCAUACAAGACCAGCCGAGUGCACGUGAAAGGCUUUCAGAGAAACGGAAGACUCUGCCACCCGAAACUGGAAACAAAGGUGAAAAUGCAAAAUGUUUCCAAGUAAAACGUAACACAGGGACUGCUGGCUCUCUAGAUUAUACAGAUGAUGAACGAAGUAGUAAUCUCCCGUAUUUGACAUCGACUGAAGUAGCCUCCUCUGACCAAGAGCAGUCUGCCUCCCGGCCGAUCUCUCGAAAGAAGCCUUUCUCGCAGUCCACCAAAGAAGAACAUGGCAAAGUGACCCCAACCGUGCAAAAGAUUCAACAAGUUCUCACUAGGUCAAAUAGUUUAUCAACCCCGAGACCUACGAGAGCCUCAAAGCUUCGCCGUGCCCGGUUGGGAGAUACCUCGGAUAACGAGAGUGCUGAUACUGAGAAAACGACAUCUCAUCAUGAAGCAGCAACAGCAGCUGCCAAACAGCCCGUGGAGACCAAGAAACUGUCGAGGCUUGACAUCCUUGCCAUGCCCAGGAAACGGGCGGGAUCUUUCACCGUGCCAAGUGACUCUGAGAGUGCACCACCAAGACCAGCUUUUUCAGGGCGCAGCGCAGAGUCAUAUUAUUCUACUAGAAAACCACCCGUAUCAGAAGCCAGAAAUGCAGCUAGGAAAACAGCAGCCGCAAUAGCUGCUUCGAAGCAGCCUUUUAGUAGAACACGUUCCAGCAGUGUCAAGUACUCCUCUUCUUCCACUUCAAGGCGGCGACAGCCGGGCUCAGAUUAUACUUCCACUUCUGAGGAGGAGUAUGGCUCAAACCACAGCUCCCCUAAACACAAACGCUCCCAUACUUCAACAGCCACCCAGACGCCAAGGACCCGAGGCGGCGGGUUGAAUAAGCAGAAGCACAGCAACAGCCGAGAGACAGAAGAUGAGGACUGUGAUGAGCACGAUCCCUACAACUUCAUUGCACAAACUGCAGAGAUCGCAGAAAUAGCCAGAUUAAGCCAGACUCUGGUGAAGGAUGUAGCCAUUCUUGCUCGAGAGAUUCACGACGUUGCUGGUGAUGGAGAUUCCCAGAGCUCAUCAGGAACAGGACAAAGCACAUCCCUCAGUUCUGUGCCUAACACCCCUGCUUCUACCAUCUCAGCAAGGGAAGAGAUUGCUCAUACAUCUUUACGGGCAGCAAUUUCAUCUCAGCUGGUGCAACACAUCCCCGAAGCAAGUCUGAACUACCAGAAGGUGCCUCCUGGUUCGAUGGGAUUCCAUGAUUUUGACCAAAAUAUGAAUGACAGCCGAGAAGAGGAUCCCACGAGGAAAACAAGGACAAGAAACAGAGAAGAGGUAAUCUUCGACAACCUGAUGCUAAACCCAGUGUCCCAGUUAUCCCACACCAUCCGCGAAAACACAGAGAAUUUGGCUGAGAAAAUGAAAAUUCUGUUCCAGAACACGGAGAGGACGUGGGAGGAGAUGGAGGCCAAAAUUAACUCUGAAAAUGAAGUGCCAAUACUAAAGACCUCAAACAAGGAAAUCAGCUCCAUUCUGAAGGAGCUACGAAGAGUCCAGAAGCAACUUGAAGUUAUAAAUGCCAUCAUCGAUCCAAGUGGAAACUUGGACAUGGUCGCCAAUCACAAAAUAUCUUCUGCCCCCACGCAAUCCGCGGCAGCUAAAGUCAGGACUGCUAACAACAUUUCUGGGUCCGUGUUGGAGGCUUUGUCCCCUGUCAAGAGAAGAAACUACGCCCAGAAAUCGAACUUUGGUACUUCUAGCUUGCAGGAUGCUAACUUUGUUCCGGAUGGGGAGAAAUACGUGAUCUAGUAGAAUAUUUUCUAUGGGCUUUAUCCUCUCAUAUGUAAUUUACCGUGGCGUUUAGUAUUGUGUAUGAGUGGUUGUGGACAAGUCUGUGUGGAGCAGUUGUUUAGAUUGCUAACACAUUGCACAAACAGAAGAAGAAGGUACAAUCUAUGCUGUGUGGGGGAUGAGUGCCAGGCCUAUGUAUAUGCCUUUAAAUUAAAAAAAAAAGACUAGCACUGUGGAACAGCACAUAUUCAGCAUAGAGGCAGGCUCCAAUUUUUAACAGAAAGUCACCGAUUGUAUAAAUCAUCCAAUGUGCCAUAGCAAACUGGCUUUGCGGAUUCUUCACUCCAUACUGCCGAAGCGCUAAUGUAUCCCUGUAUGUAGCCUGUUUAUAGAUCUCUGUUUAGUUGUAUAGAGGCUCCGUUUUGAAAAUGUACCUUGGGGAGGUGGCUGGUGCUGUAUAUUUAAUUUUCAGUACAGAACAUUAAUCAUGCUGUCAGAACCAACUUUUGUAUUUGUCAGUGGGAGGUUUCUUUCAGAAAUCUUGGAAGCUUCUUCAAGAAAGGGACGUAGAUGAGACUGAAUUAUUCCGCUCCCCAUCAUGCCGCUUUCCCUCUUCCGCUGUGAGCGGGUAAUAAAAAUGCAGAUGAUGGAGAGCACCAGUGAUUAGCUUUGCAUUUCUUCCCCCUUAUAGUAAUUUACUUGAAAAAUUCCAGAUAUAUAUAUCAGUUUAGAGGAGACAAAUCUGCGACCAGGUCAGGAUUUUGUAUUGAGGUUGCCAAAUUUUUAUCAUUUUUUUGGAUAGUUGCUGUGUAGCAAAGCAUUUAUGUGGUCGACAUGGGUUUUUCAAUACAACCCACAAGGCUGGGGAGGAGAGCUGAUCUUGUGGUAAUGAGUGUAAAUUGCUAAGUGGGGUCUGCCUUGGUUUGCAUUUGGAUGGGAGUCUACAUGUGAGUGCUGUAAAAUAUUCCUUUUAGGUGAUGGGGCCAUAGCUCACUGGAAGAACAUCUGCAUGCCUGCAAAUAGAAUAUCCCAAGUUCACUCUCUGGCAUCUCCAAGUAGGGCUGGGAGAGACUCCUGCCUGAAACCUCUGAGAAGCCGCUGCUGGUCAGAGUAGAUAGUACUGAGCUAGAUGGACUCAUGGUCUGACUCGGUAUAAGGCAAUUUGCUAUGUUUCCUCUGUUGGUUGCAGAUAUGGGGAGUAAAGUGUGAGUUCUCCAUAGCUGGGCAAUUAUUCAGGGUGUGACCACAAAUCCCUUUUCAUGCCUCUAAAUCGUCUUGAUAUCUGUAGGCAACUGAAGAACGUAAGAAUAUGGGCCACAUUUUGCACUCAUAUAGGAGUCCUGUAAAUUCAUUAGAGCAGUAGAAGAUGUGGGCUAGUUCCACAUACUUCCAGCUCCGGGACUUUGGGGGCCCUUGAGCAAGGCACAUGCAGUGGGCCCCAUUUAAACUGCUGGAGGUGGGGUGCACCAUUUGAGAACCUCUUCUGCAGCCUCCAGCUUCCUUGAGUGCCCAUGCAAAUGAAGAUAGUGGCUCUUUGGGGACACAGGGCCAUUUAUUGCCCUUAGAGCUCCAGAACAUGUCUGGCCUUGCCACCCUCUGGAGCUGGUCACGGGACUGGAAGAUCACCAAAAACAGUUGUGGCAACUUAAGAGAUACCUCCUCCUUCCAAAAUAUAUGUUGGAGAUCAGGAAAGUAACCUCCAAAGAAGGGUGAGAUUCCAGCUAUUGCCUGAUGUAGCCUACAUGAAUGUGGAUGCUAGACAUAUAUCUGACGUUUCCUUUGGUGGGUUCAUAAUUUCGGCCUUGUGUGGUCUCUGCAUUGCAGUCAAGUAGCUUAGCUGCUGUUGCUGAGAAUGCUGUGCUGCUUCCAGCAUUCAUGCCAAAAUGAAUGGGAAUUUGAGCUGGCAGGGCACUCUGAGGAUCAGGACACCCUGGGUAAACAAUGAUGAUUGAUUUUAUGCUCAUUCCUCUGCUCUUAAAGCAAUAACUCAAGCCUCAAUCUACUUCUCACCCUGGUGCCAUCCUGUUGAAUCCAGAGAUAUGAAAGCUGCCUUGCUUGUGGGAAAUGAAUGUUACCAGUGGCUGCUUUUUAAACACAGUAUUAGUCUGAUUUUGCAUUUCAGACCAUUAUAAUCCUGGAUAAUACCAAGGAUAAUUUUGCAGCUCUUAAACACACCAGCUUAAAAAAAAAUGAUUUUCAUCAUCCACUUGCCAAAUUCUAAGUGCUGGUUGAAAGGGAGGAGAAAGUGGCACUUUUCACUGUUGGAAGUGCUUGUUGAUGCCAGUCAGCAAAGUGAAAUAUUUUUUAUUAUAAAUUCCUCUUGUCCUAAGUGAUUACUAAAAGGAAAAAAGAAAUAGUCUCUUGUCUUUAUUGUUGAAAAUAGGCAGAUCAAGUUCAGUUGAAAAGUAUAGCCCCAUUCACAUGUUGUGUUCCACACUCUUACGAGAGUACAGAGUAACUGGUACAGAUCUGUACACAGGUACAGCGAUUCACAUGUUAUGUUGAAUGCAGGUACAGCAAUACACUUCCUUUCUGUUCCAUGCAUUUGAGGGGCUAGUACCCAGAUUCAUUUAAAAAAAUAAUCCCAGGUACAAUCAUUCACACACAAAUAGGUACGAGUGUACAGAUAUCAGAUAAUGUCCAAAUCGUAUAUAAUGUCCAGAUCAGACUUGAAUGUGCUGUAUGUGAGCUUAUCAAUGAAAAUGAUUCCCCCAAGUUUGAAAUGUCCUGAGUGCUCUGAAUUCAUUUAGAGUCACAGCUCUGAAUAGAGCACACACUUUGUUUGCUGAAGGUCCUAAGUUCAAUAUCCAGCUCAGGGGCAAUUCAAGAUAUUGCGGUGCCCUAGGUGAGGUGUCAAAUGUUGCCUUGCCCCAUGCCCCUGGUGGAGUGGGGGUGGGGGCAGCCCCCUUUCAAAACCAACCUUUACGAAACGGAAAGUAGCACUGGGGUUGGGGCAGGAGGAUGAGAAGUGGCUAACCGCCUCUUCCAAUGCUGCUUGUGAGUUUUACAAGGGGUGUGAGGAGAAGAGGGCAACCUUCGCUCUUCUCUCCAUGCUCCCUGCAGAGCUUGUGAGGGUCCUGAAGACCUUCCUUGAUGGCAGCAUCGGGCAUCUCUUCCCUACUACCCCAAUAAAUUGCUGCCUGAGGCAAUUGCCUCGCCUCAUGGAAAGGCUGCCCCUGCUCCAGCUACAAGGUUAUUGGUUGAAAAAGAUCUUCCCCCAAGACCUUGGAGAGCCACUGCCAGUCAGAGUACACAGUACUGAGCUCGAUGGGCCAAUGGCAGCUUUGUAUAGAUUCCUGGGGGGAUAGAAAGGGGGAACCCUAUUAGAACUGGCUUCUGCAGUCUGUGGUUCAUAACCAUACCAUGCUUGUAUGUACUCAAUCUCUUGUUUCCCAUUGGAUUUAUGUCCUUGUGAAAAGAGACAGGAUUAAGCAACUAGAACUGGGAACCACUUGAAGCUAUCAUUACAAUGAAGGGAUGCUUGCAGAUACCAAACUCUGCCUGCAGUGAAGAAGGGUGUAUACAGACAACCAUUUACAAAAUGGUAGCACGAUUACAGUGUGCUACUUGGUAAGCUGGUUGUUGGUAGGAUCCUGACAAGGAGUGAGGGGGGAUACUUCCAUACCUUUCCCAGUGCAGAUGUAUAAUCUGCACUGUGUAAUCUGGCAGUGGCCAGAGGUGCUUUCGAUCAGUUUUGGCUGAUAUACCAGCUGCACCUGUUAUGACCUUAGAACAGUGAUUCAUAUGCUGGUAACCUCCAGACGACUACAGCAAUGUGCUCUAUGUGGGGCUGAUUUUGUACGUACUCUGGAAAUUGCAGUUUGGUAUAGAAUGUGGCAGCCACAUUGGUCUCUUGGUCAUCUCGAAGAUACCGGCCUGGUUCAUAUGGUAUUGCCUGAUUGGAUACCAAAUUGUACAAGGAGGUGCAUAUUAUUAUUACUACUACUAUUAUUAUUAUUAAUUUGAUUUCAAUACCACCCUUCCAAAAAUGGCUCAGAGCAGUUUACACAGAGAAAUAACAAACAAAUAAGAGGGAACCCUGUCCCCAAAGGGCUCACAUUCUAAAAAGAAACAUAAGAUAGACACCAGCAACAGUCACUGGAGGAAGUACUGUGCUGGGGGUGGAUAGGGCCAGUUACUCUCCCCCUGCUAAAUAAAGAGAAUUACCACGGUAAAAGGUGCCUCUUUGCCCAGUUAGAAAGAUACGUGCAUAUCUUUCUCCUGCACAUGCUGUUCUAUGUUUGCAUACUCACAUGGUGGGUGAAACAACCAAGUUGUUUCUAAUUGUGCAGGUAUUUUACAUUGCACGAUUCAGGGUGGUUUGGACAUUCUCUUCCCCCCACCUCCCGUGAGCAUGUGGGGACAGAACAGUGUGCCAGGUGGGAGGUACACAUGCAUUCAUAUUCUCUUUGUGGAAUUGGGAGACUGGUCAGAUAGUAUCAUUUGGCUUACUGAGUGUCUACACCUCGUGAUGGCCUAGUAUUUGAUAUAUGGUUGUCUGUACUGACCUUAGUUGGGACUAAAAUAACUAGUCCACUACCAGGAGGAUUUGUUGCUCUGGUUUUCUAUAGGGUGGGAUGGAAUGAUCAUCUUUGGUACAUGCCGCAAUAGUCCAAUGACUCCCCAUUGCUGAUUUGCUGGAAGUGAGCAUUAGGAAUGGGACACAUGAUAGUGUCAGGCCCUGAGGGUAGGGAUUAAAAAUUAUGGAUGUAUCCAAUAACCUAUUAAACGGGAUAAACGGCUCACAUUAUAGGAUGGGAAGAGUAAAGUUGCUCUGGCAAAAUAACAAAACUUCAUAUAGUUUCCAAACAUGACUUUUGUCCAAAAUAGUUUCCAAAAAUAAUUUUAGACUCAUGGCAUGUAUUGUUCGUAGGUACUUGGCUGAGUGGGGCUUCAAAAGUAGAAGUGUUGCUGUUGACACCUGCAACAGAGUUUUCUGAGACUCUCUCUAUUAGAGAUGCAUCCAGCUAUCAUUGUUAUCUGUAUCCUUUCUUUUUAGGUAGAUAUAUUUUUGCCUCACUGGCAGUAACCUUUGAUUCAGUUCUUCAGGAGGAUUCCAGAAUUCAUUAAAUUUACUGCAAGUGGAAAAGCCAAAAGUGGUGGUUGGAUCACAAUACCCUCCCCUUCCCUCCAGUUCUUCACUAUAAUUAAAGAAACAUGCCAACACAACUCUGUAUUUGCCAGCAACAUCUCAAUAGACUUAUCUCUUGAGAUGUAGUGUAAGAGAAAUAAAAACAUGGGCCUAGUUCAAAUAAACUUGGAACAAUCAUCGGGGGAAUGGGAUUGCAUUUGCCCAACCUGUCAAAUGCCACAUAUGGGCAUAAUCUUUGCAUAGGGCCUACAUGUAUGUAGGCCCGAACAGUAGGGUCAUUAGUGAACAGGGAGACUAUCCUAUCGUUCAGGCCUAGUGUGUGGUAUUUUGCUUGCAUAGACCCUAUGCAAAAGUUAACACCCCUUCACGCAUAGUCAGACAUGUCUGCCAAGUGGUACAGGUGGGUAUGUGUUCCUACUACACAUAUCCUCUGUCAGUGGUUCCCAACCAGUGUUCCUCCAGAUGUUGCUGAACUACAACUCUCAUCAUUCCCAGCUAUAGUUUAUUGUGGCUGGGGGUGAUGGGAGUUCUAGUUCAGCAGCAUCUGGAGGAACCCUGGUUGGGAAACACUGCUUUAUGUUCAUCCAAACCAGACCUGUGUGUCUAAUAGUACAGCUUGCUCUGCAUUAUGUCAGGUGUAAUUAAGCCAAAGAAGCAGCCACGUUAAUUCUUCCCUCAUCUUUGGGUCCCUCUAAUGCACCUAUAUAUUCCCAGCUUUUAUACCACAUACAAUUUGUUAAAUUUCCAUCCUGGUUUUGAAUAUCCUGGAUCCCGUUUACUUGUUUGUUUCGUUUUUAAAUUCUGUUUGUUCAGGGUUUUUUCCAUGAGUGUUUUCGGGUUGCUCCACUGAUUCUGCCAUCACAGUCUGGUUUUUAUAUGUAUAUUAUUGCAUGUUUUGUUUAUAUUUGAAUUUUUUUUUUUUAAACAAAAUCUGUACUUAGCUGGUAAGUUUCGGAGGAACAAAAUGCCCAUAUCCUAUUGAAAUUCAGUGGCGAGUUGGGUAUUUGAUUGCCUCAGGAUUCCUUCUGAAAACUGCAGCUUGGUUCUAUAAGCUUGAAAAAAAAACCCACUACCACCAUGUAUUCUUUAGGUUGUGUAAAAAUGUCGUGUUCUUGUUGUUCCAUUAUGAUGGGAUGAAUGUAAAUUCUCCAGAGAAUGCCUGCCUGCUUUGUAGGGGUUCAGACAACCAGCAGCAAGUUAGUAGGAAGAAGCUGCCAGUCUACAUUGAUCAUGAGCUCCAGCUAUUUGUCGGACCAAUCAUUUCCAUGUUGUGCAGAUCCACCAAUGAUUGGUCGACAAGGUUGGGUCCACCAGUGAUUGGUUGACAAGGUUGGGUCCCUUCUGCCAACCAACAUUAUCCACCCAACUUCAAAUAUUGGUUACAAUAUAUUGGUGGCAGAGAGGCACCUGACCCUGGCAAGUUCACACAACACAGAAAUGAGUGGAAGUACUGGCAAGCGGUGGGAGUGUGCACUCACUGUGGACUGUUGGCUCCCUCGCCUCACUUGCCACUAGUCGUCUGAGCCCAUCCUAUGAAAGAGUAAUGUGGUGUCGUUUUCAUGCUGCUGGUGACAAUAAAGCUGAAUUAAGUGGCAAUUAACAGGGCCAUUUCUCCAGCAGGUUGAAGUCUUUGCACAAGUUUGAACUGUUUGUUAAUGAUUUUGCAUGUGUCCAGAUGGAUGGUGGACCAACAGGACUGGGUUCCACUCGCUUUGAAAGUUUUUCAGGACUUAUUCUGGAAGUAUGUUCAUAAGGCCAAUGGCUGAACCUGGCCAUUGGGGGCAAAAUUGACUUGUGUUGAUGUUCUACCUGUGGGAUGCUUGCCAUACAGAUCAGCUCUGGGGUUCAUUUUGCACAUUAUAUGUAAGCAAAACAAAGUUUGCCAUGCAGCAUAGGAUCAGUAGGGAGCUGUAGAUGAUUACAGCUGCCCAAUUGUCUUAGCAUGGUACAUGCGUUCCUCAAACUUACACUACACAUUUAGGUAUGCACUUAAAAGUUCCGAGGUGUACAUCUAAAAACAGUACUGUACAAAUAGUCCUGAGUCAUCCUUAAAUGAAUAAAUAGAAAAUGUUUUCUUUGAAUGUUUACAGAAAGCCUACUUUAUAAAAACAAAUGUACAAGUGCAAGAUUCUACUGAUUUUAUUUCCUUCAUUUUAGAGUGUGUUUUGUUUCUUUUUUAAAUCCAGCAAAUGUAUACAUGAUUUUGCAGCUGUAAAAAGUACAUUAACUACCUGUUCAUUUUCUGAUGUGCCCCUUGCUGAAUUGUGCCUACCUGCUGCUGUUAUGCUGCUGAAACCAUUUCUGCUGUUCCAAAAUGUUCACAGAAUCACCCAUUCCAUUUGCAUGCAGCACAAAUGCAAGCCAAGCUGUAUGAGAGUAUAGCUGAAAUUCAACUUUGUAUAAUUCAGAACUGUUCAAUGACUUUUCAAUCAUUUCCACACCCUCUUUUGAAAUAUUAUGUAUAACUCCGAGAUCCAUCAUUUUAUCCCUAACUCAUAUAAAGUGAGUUGGUUCCCACCCACCGCUGUUUUUUUGGAAAAUUUUCUUUUUUAAAGAAGUAAUUUAUUUUGUUUGGUUUAUAGGCAAUUAUCUGUACAUUUUUGUUCCAAAGUGAUGUUGUGGAUGUCUUUAAAAACAAAAUAAAUGGUUAUUUUAUAUAAUUUUAUCAUACAUUUGCUAUAAUAAAUCAUUCUCUUUCCUCCCCCUU